AUGAAGGUAAUACUGCCAGAAAAAAACAUCCCGACUCGAGCAUUAGUGGUGGAGAAACCCCAUGGCCCUUUCGUUCUACAGGAUAUCAUCUUAGACGAAGUGCGAGAUGACGAAGUACUAGUUGAAAUCAAAUAUUCAGGUUUAUGUCAUACGGAUCUUGUGGUCCAACAAGGGCGGGUGCCCCUGGGAGAUUUUCCGGCGAUCCUUGGUCAUGAAGGAGCUGGCGUUGUCCGAAGGCUUGGAAGCUGUUUGAAAGAUCAGUCAUUGAUGGUGGGUGAUCGGGUUCUCUUGAGUUUCAGCUCCUGCAUGAACUGUUCAUAUUGUGCUCAAGGUCUGAAUGGUUUGUGUGCUCGCAUACAUAAGAUCAACUUUACCGGCACUCGACUCAAAGAUGGGAGCAAUCCGGCAAGUUUGAGUAGCGGCACUGGUGUUAGGAGCAAGUUUUUUGGGCAAUCGUCGUUCAGCAAACUUGCUGUUGUUUCUGAAACAUCAAUCGUCAAAUGUGAGCUGUCCAACGAGGAAUUGGCAAUCAUGGCACCGAUGGGCUGUGGUUAUCUUACGGGUGCGGGGACCGUGAUGAGAGUUUUGAAACCUCAGAAGGAGAGUGCUUUGGCUAUCUUCGGUAUGGGAGCAGUAGGCUUGAGCGCUUUGAUGGCUGCCAAAGCCAUAGGAGUUGAGCGACUGAUCGCAGUUGACAUCCUGGAUACGAAAUUGAGCCUGUCAAUUUCUCUUGGAGCUACCGAUACUAUCAACUCCGGAAAAGUCGAAAGCCUCGGGAAGGCCCUACGAGAGCUAGUCAGGGAUGGGGUUAACCAAAUUAUUGACACUACUGGGCUUAGCUUUCUGAUCGAGGAUGGUGUCCGUGCUCUCGGUCACGGAGGAAGCUUUGCAAUCGUUGGAGCACCCCGUCCUGGCGAAACUAUCACAGUUGACCCCCUCGACAUGUUACGCUCCUGUAAACGACUGAUCGGUGUUGUUGAAGGAGCAUCAAAUCCUGUCACGCUCAUUCCAGAGUUGGUGAAGUUAUAUCGUCAGGGUUUAUUUCCAAUUGAUAAACUUUCACGGACGUAUUCAGUUAUCGAUCUCAACACAGCCGUUGAAGAUCUUAAGGCAGGUCUCGUUGUAAAGCCAAUACUAUCAUGGGAGUCUGUAUAG